AUGUUCUUCUCCAAAACCAUAUUUGCUAUGCUGCUCGCAGUCGGUGCCGUGAAUGCGGCAGCAAUUGCGAACCCUCUCGACGCCGGUGAGCUUAGCAAGCGAGACUGCAUUCCCUGUGGUCAGUUUUCGAGAGAAAACCCGAUAUUGGCUUAUCGCCCAAAGUAUCCUUACGCCCCACUCCUAUCUGAUCGCGGAUCCACGACUACUUUUCAUCUUGAGUGCUCUCUCUACUACCACAUGUUACAAUGGUCGAUUCGCUUGUGGUGCCCAGAUUUCAUCACACACGUAACAUCGCCAAACAGCACUUUUCUCGCUGUAUUGUGGACACUAAUCAAUUACAAAAAGAUCUAG